GGUACGUUCGCGAUCGCUACGGGUGUGAAGGUUUGCGAACGCUACGACGGCUAGCGGGGAUAAGAGAGAACCAACGAAGAAGAAAAGCCUGUUUUUGGGAGAGUCCGUUUGAUUUUUUUGUUGUUGUCGGUACUUCAGUAUGAGGCUGUGUCGGUGCCCGGGGAAAGCCCGCAUUUAACAACGUUGAAGCGGACGCCGGGCCGAGCCGAGCCGAGCCGGGCCGAGCCGGACGGCAGCGCUGCCCUGUGAUCGGUGCCGCCUUCAAGAGCGGCACGGCGAUGAGCGGCUGUUAAGAAGGGAGCCGCUUUCAGAAACGCUCGCGACGACCCGGCUGGAGAAGAUCGAUUGCGUCAAAGUAUCGAUCGAUCGAUCGAUCGAUUGGUUGGCGUGGCCGCGGUUUCACCACCCAGGGCACGUUAAUUCAACCCGGCGAGAAGAGACGACGACACACACACACACACCCGAGUCCGGCUAGUAGAACUAAUCCCGGUUCCGGCCCGUCUGCAUAAAGCGGGGACGAUGUCUUCACGCUCAGCACUGCCCGGGAAUGAGCGCAAUCCGGAUCAUCAUGCCUCCCUGUCGGCCAGCCGCUCAGAGAAAGGUACCGGUUGGUCGAACCGGUCACUUGGCGCCCGAUGUCGAAACUCCAUCGCCUUGUGUUCGGAUGAGCAGCCCCACAUAGGAAACUACCGGUUGCUUAAGACCAUCGGCAAGGGCAACUUUGCCAAGGUCAAGCUGGCUCGACACAUACUGACUGGCAAAGAGGUUGCCAUAAAGAUCAUCGAUAAGACCCAGCUCAACCCAACCAGCCUGCAGAAGCUGUUUCGAGAGGUACGCAUCAUGAAAAGCCUCAAUCAUCCCAACAUAGUUCAGCUGUUUGAGGUGAUUGAGACAGAGAGGACCCUUUACCUGAUUAUGGAGUACGCCAGUGGAGGGGAAGUGUUUGAUUACCUCGUGUCUCAUGGCAGGAUGAAGGAAAAAGAGGCCAGAGGCAAAUUCAGACAGAUCGUAUCGGCGGUUCACUACUGUCAUCAGAAGAACAUCGUCCACAGAGACUUGAAGGCGGAGAACUUGCUCCUGGAUGCCGAAUCCAACAUAAAGAUCGCAGACUUCGGCUUCAGUAACGAGUUCACCAUGGGCAGUAAGCUGGACACAUUCUGUGGCUCGCCGCCAUACGCCGCCCCUGAGCUGUUCCAGGGGAAGAAGUACGACGGUCCUGAGGUGGACAUCUGGAGUCUGGGGGUCAUUCUCUACACCCUGGUCAGCGGUUCACUGCCCUUUGACGGCCAGAAUCUCAAGGAGCUGCGCGAGCGCGUCCUGAGAGGGAAGUACCGCGUGCCCUUCUACAUGUCCACAGACUGCGAAGGGAUCCUGCGGCGCUUCCUGGUGCUCAACCCCAGCAAACGCUGCACCCUGGAGCAAAUCAUGAAGGACAAGUGGAUGAAUGUGGGCUAUGACGGAGAUGAGCUGAAACCUCACGUAGAGCCUGUGGAGAACUACAGCGAUGCCGGUCGCAUUGACGUGAUGGUGGGGAUGGGCUACGCCAGAGAGGAGAUCAAAGACGCUCUGACCACUCAGAAAUACAAUGAAAUCACUGCCACCUACCUGCUGCUGGGGCGCAUGUCCGAGUCGGAGGGUAGUCAGUCUCGGUCAGGCAGCAGUCAGAGUCUGACCCGGGUUCGGCCCAGCACCAUCACCAAUGGAACCAGCAAACACUCCAAUCCCUCUUCCUCCACUGGUCCCUCCUCUUCCUCCUCCACCCACAAGGCACAGCGCAGUGCUUCGACCUACCACCGCCAGAGACGACACUCUGACUUCUGUGGUCCAUCAGUACCAGGUUCGGCCCACCCUAGGCGGAGCCCCAGCGGGGUGGGUGAAGGGGCGGGGCUCAAAGAGGAGCGCAUGUCAGUCCGCAAGGCGAGCACGAACGCCGUCGGCUCUCGUAGCAUCCCACCCCCCUCCAGUCCCAUGGUUAGCUCCGCCCACAACCCGAACAAGGCAGAGAUUCCAGACCAGCGCAAGGAAGUCAGCUCUGCCACGAACAACAUCCCUGCCAGUGCCAUGACCCGGCGGAACACCUACGUGUGCACGGACCGCUCCAACCUGGACCGACACUCCCUGCUGCACAACGGCAAGGAGAACAGUACCCUAUCCCACCGCCUCCCCCCCGCCUCCCCGUCAACCCACAGCAUCGCCGGUGCCUCCGGGGUGACCUCCUCAACAUCCUCCUCGUCCUCUGGCCCGUCCUCCCGCCUCACCAGGGGAUCCACGGUGAGGAGCACCUUCCACGGCGGGCAGAUCCGAGAUCGCCGGGCCCCCUCCCACGUGCCCCCCGCCUCCCCUACCCUUUCCCAUGAUGCCAGCCCGCUGCCCCACGCCAGGACCCGGGCAACAACCAACCUCUUCAGCAAAAUCACCUCUAAACUGACCCGCAGGGUCACUCUUGACCCCUCUAAACGUCAGAGCUCAAACAAGUCCGUGUCGGGCUGCACCCUCCCACAGGGAACAAAAACAGUUAACGAACCUGAGAGAAUCAGCAGAUCUCCGGUCACAGCUCGCCAUCUACCUGGGCAUCAGAAAGCGUCCGAGCCCCGGACCCCCCGAUGCGGCUGGGAUGUGAGGGUGCGGAGCCCUCGCGACCCGGCCGAGGUGGUGCUAGCACUGCGUGAGGCUGCCCAGGGCUGCGGCUGUCAGGUCCACCUGGCGGGGCCGUUCCUCCUGUCCUGCACCCACGGAGCAGCCGGCGCCCGCGUGGCCUUUGAGGCUGAGGUCUGCCAGCUGCCCAGUGGGCCGGGCCCAAGUAGCGGCGUGCGGUUCAAACGCCUCUGGGGGGCCCCGUUAGCCUUCAGAGACAUCGCUACCAAAGUGUCCAAAGAGCUGGAGCUCUGAGGGUCGACUGGAGGCGGGGUACACCGACAACGGACAGGACUGGCUGGACGGACUGACCGAUGACUGAGGAGCAGGGAGGGAAACCAUGGCCUCCUUCUUUUCCUCCCUUGACUCCUCCUCUACUGUGGCUAACCGAUGCCCUGCCUCCUCCCAGACCCUCUCCCUCUGACGCCAAGGCUCACAGACAAACAGUUGGAUGCAGAGACAGAGAGACUGCCAUCGGAAGACUUGGUGAACCUUGACCUUGGAGCUGUCAGUGACCUUUGAACUCUGCUUUAGAAUAUGCCACCUUCUCCUUAUUGAAACCAUGGAGUCAAGCUGUUAUUUUUUCAUAAUUUCAUAUUUGAUGAUGAUGAUUGUGAUGGUAAUGCUGAUAGUGAGGAAGAGUGAUACUUUUUUGUUUUGACAAUGUUAUUCCCAUUGUACCAUAUUUGUCGCCAUUCCUUUUUAAAGAGCUGCUAUUUAAAGAAAUGUUAAUUUUUCUGUUCAUUAGGUUUAUUUUCAUUCUUUUAAGCUUUUAAAUUGGGCAGGUGAUUGAGCUCUGUUGCUGUUUGUUGUUGGGUUUGUGUCAGACAAAAGUUGUCACCUUAUUUGGUAAGUGAAGGCGCAGUCUGACCUCCGGCCUGUAGAGGGAGACAUGCAGAAAUGCAUACUUGUGAUGGAGAGAAUGAAACUAUUGAAGUAGCGAUACAGCCUUUCUGUCCAGUCAUUGACAAAGCCCACUUUACUCUUCAUUUGCACCAUUUCUGUUGUCUGCAAUUAAGUCUGCCCGCUGCCUGUUGGGAUCCUUUCGUGAUCCUUGAAAGCCAGGCUUGUAUGUACGUCACACACUAGCCGAAUUUUCUGUUGUCUGAGUCCCAAGACGAGGCUGUUUGGAGGAGGUGGACUCCUAUGCAGAAACAUUGAUUCGAGGUUAGUCCCUGCUCCCCUAAAGAUGUCCUACUCGCCACUAUAUUAGGUUGCUUGCCUUUUAAUUGGCCAAUUGAAGAUCCCACUGAUGAUGUCACAGACAAGCUGGCAAAUGGGCCGACCAGUGAGCCGUACCCAUCUGUCUGAAGACCCAAACGCGGUGACGCUUUGGGUCAUUCGAUUUGAAAAUCCAAGGCAACAAGGCAACGCAGAGGGUGCAAAUUUCAUGGCUCACCCCUAAGGCAGCGCCAUCUACUCCUCCUAGAUGGCGCUGUCUUAGUGAGGAUGAAAUGGUAGCUCUCAUCCCAUGAGGUUUUCCUGAGGCGCAGGGCAGUUUUUGGACUUUGACAUUGGCACAAAAGAUUGGAUUUUUUUUUUUUACCUUUUACUGCACAGAUGUAAUGUUUUCCUUAAAUGCCCGUCCGCAUUGAGGAGCCCUCAUCUUGAAAAAUUGCGAUUGCAAAUAUCAUUGUCAUUAUUUGGUUUCCCUUGGAAAAUUUGCAUGCUAAUUUCUAGCAAAUUCCCACCAUGAUGAAUCAGAACUGAUGCUGUCCAAUACAGCCACAAACUACUAAAGCGACUUCCCUGUAGGAGUCAGGGCACCUAGUUACUGGGGUCGAAUGUUCCCCCCCCCCAUUCAGAUAUAUUACUGAAUAAUUCCUCUUUAGAUAAGCAAAAAGACCAUUUCGUCACAAAAACACAAAACUCUAGUAGCACUUUUCUCACACGCAGAGCUGGAGCUCAGCCCGCUUCAGCCAUCCCACCCUGCUUUAACGUGAGGAGGAUGGAAGGCGGGAGUUUCAUCCGCACAACUCCAGCGCUGAUGGGAUGUUCCCGCCCUGCUGAAACGUGGCGUCGCUGUCCUCCAGUCGUGCAAUAUGUCCACAGGGCCACGGGCCAAGUAGUCUUGGUCGACACUUGAGUUUUUCGUUUGAUGGGUCUUGUAAUGAUGAGUAUGUUGUUCUAAGCACUUUUUUCCCGCCAUUGUCACGGUGUUGCAUCCAAUUGUCAGGAUUUUGAUUUCAUCCUUUUGUCUUUCUUCUUCCAUUGUACAAGACAGAUGCCUCACAUGUUCAGUAUUUGUCGGACGGAUCGUUUCGUGUGCUUUGGUUCUGGUUUGUUCAGUGUUUCCCCAGGCACUUGUCGCGCUCUUAGCGUUCCUCGUCGACGUGAAGGGGGUCGCGCCGGGUUUCAUGUGGCCGUUCAGUCCCGCUGAGGACACGGAGGUACACGUGUAGACUCUGUGCCCGACUCGAGUGCUGGACGGCUGAUCAUGAAGAAGAAAAAAAAAUUAAAGUACUGUAACCCGUUAUUUUUUGCCCGGUGCGGGAUUCGAUACGGGGUGUUCUGCACCUCAAGGCGACGUUACCGCUCGGCUAAAGGGUCAGACCCGUUAGCUAGGGGCCAACAUGUCUUAAUAGUAGUUUACAGUCGUCGCCCUCCCCGGAAGCGCGCCCUCGCGCUUUGUUCUUCCCGCGCUCCGAAGAGACUUCUGAGGAUCCGCACACUUCCGGGUCCCACCGCUGCCACCAAUGUAACCGGUUAUGUUCUUGCCCGGUGCGGGAUUCGAUACGGGGUGUACUUCACCACAAGGCGCCAUCGCUAACCGCUCGGCUAAAGGGUCAGACCCGUUAGCUAGGGGGCUAACGUGUCUUAAUAGUAGUUUACAGUACUGUAACGAUCACGGAUCAAUGGGCUCGGUAGCCCUUGGCUAACGGGUCGGACCCUUUGGUCGAGCGGUUAGCGAUGUCUCCCGUGGUGCGGGAGAUACGGGUUCGCGUCCCGGCCGCGGCGGUUCCUGCGGUUGCCCCCCCCCCCCGAAUUCGCUACAGUGCCAUAUUUGAGUCGUGUUAAGUUUCCUCUCUUUCCCACACUUAAAGUUGACCCUCGUUUCAAACUUUUCCCUGACCCCCGUAGCAACGCUCAAGUCAUUAGCCAAUCCAAAAAAUAUAUAUACUCCGAGGCCACACCCCCGCCGUUGACCAAUCACACUUGCAGCGUCGCUGAGCGGCAUAUGACUGUUGACCAAUCGCAAGCCACAGGUGUGCUCGACUGUUAAAUCGCGCGAGGCCGUUCCGGAAGUCGGGGACACACGUGGGCUGGGCGUGGCGCGUCUCGGUGCUCGGCCAAGAAUGUAACUUCAAUUACCGUGGGUGAAUGUUUUCCUGACGUCACGACGCGAAGCCCCCCCCCCCGCUAACGUUCCCGAUCCGUCUGCAAAGCUUGCGUCCUGUUGCGUUGCCGCCGCCGCCAACUCCCGAACCUCCCCCGAACCUCCACGCAGUACCGGCGCGGUCUCGACUCGGAUGCCAAGAAGCACUUAUACUUCCCGGGUGUGCAGCGUUAAAAUAGAUUGGCCUUGAGAAAAUUAAAGCGUGAUGGCGGAUGGGAAAUUUAUACAAUUUACAUGACCCCCCUCCCCCCCCUCCCCCUCCCCUCCAUCGGAGGAGGCUCUGACACGGGACGGGUCUGUCUUUAGUGUGUUUAAAGCAACUCGCUGUUCUGGAUGAAAUCUCCCCCUAUGGGCUGAAACCGCAGAGAUGGCUGAGCUGCACUCCUGCAUGUCUCCGAGUAAACAAUGUGUGACGCAAAAAUAAAGACUUUCUCAAAUUCUUUUA